UAUACACACAUCACUCUUCUGACCCUUCGCAGCAAGCGCGAGAUGCCCUCAGUAGACUCGCCACUGAAUGCGGCGCACCAGCAUGCAGCCAACGCGGACGACUACAUGGCGCAAGGCCUACUGAUCCCCGCUUCUGAGGAACACUACAAGGCUGCCGAGGCUUUUGAGGCGGCAUAUCAGGCCUCAACGGAGGAAAAUACGAAGCGCACCCUGCGCAUGCUCCACAAUGAACACCGCAAAGCAGGUAAAGAAUUACAACGAAAGAUUGAGAAGCUUAGGCAGGAGAACAAAGAUCCAUCGCUUCCACAAAAGCCGUCGAAGAGCGCGACGCCAACGAACGCGGCAUUGCCUGCACCUCAACACGCACCGUCGCCACCCCCACAGGUGCCGCGUAACUUGUCAGAUUCUCAGCAGACCGUAGACGAGUCGUUCAUGCUCCUUGGACAGCGUAGUGAACCAGGAGAUGCUUUCAACCACUUCUGGAAGAUCACUGAGGGCAUGCUUGAACACCUAUCUCAGCCUGUAGCGUUCGCAACAGCACCUCUUUCACCUCCUGAACACAAUGGUGGUAGCGAUACAGAUGUAGAUGACCCAAUUGCCAAGACACUCUCGCGUGGCCUUGACUUUGUAAAAGCAGCAAAAUCUCGUAUGCUCACCCGGAAUGACUCGUCUGGGAACAUGUCUUCGGACUCUGAUCGUGGUCGCGCUGGUAUCAGCACCUUUCCGCCGAAACCACAACAUUCAGAUGAGUGGGUCGACGAGAUUGGUAGCGACGAUGACAUGGUAGACUCUUUCUUCAUGAUUCCCUCCAAGGCCGACCCGCCAACCUCAGUCUUGAAACAAGAGAACGCCACACUCAAAGCGCAGCUUGAGAAACAGCGAGAACGGUCAGAAAUAGCAGAACGCAUGCUGAAGCAGCGCCAGGAACAAGAUCAGCAGCUGCGAGAAAGUAUCAUGCUUGCUCGAAAAGAGGCUCAACGUGCCAUGGUGUCGUCCAUGGCUCUGCGUCCGCCACAGACGCCGACGAUCGCAGGACUUGCGCCAUCCCCAGUAGCCCCAGUUGUAGCCACACCACCUGCAGCUGUCGUUCCAGAUAUCGCGGGACUAAAGAUUAGCGUGCCUCCUGUCUCCCCAUCAGUGGCCAUAGCCGCCGCCGGACGGGACCAGGAGGCGCAGCUUCUUCGUCGUGUGCGUGAGCUAGAGGAAGAGAUAAGGCUUCUGCGAGUGGAGAAUGAAAAAAAUAAAGCGAUGAUCGCGAAAUACCGUGAGCGAUGGGAGAAAUUGAAGGAGUCGGCCAGGAAGAAAAAGCAAGCGAAGGCGACCGCGGAUACCACCAACGUGGUCAAUGACCGCAUUGAAGAGGAACCCGAAGCUGAAGCUGAGGCUGAGCGGGACGACCUUCGGCCUCAGAAACAAGCGGAGGUGCUUUCCAACAUUGACUGACAAGCUUUGUUGCAAAGUGCUCCCACCAUCUAGCGCAAGAGUGAUGUGGCUGUUGUACUAUUGCUUGUAUGUUCUUGGAAUGCUGGACUAAUGUACACAUGCACGCUUCCUUGUACACUAAUUGCUUCAACGUCGCUACAUGCAUUGGAUCUGCUGCCGGUCAGAUUACUUCUUGCGCAGCAGGGCCAGACUUCGUCUCAUGCAAACAACCCGUAGUCGAUUAUCUUAAGCGAGGGCGCUGCAGUCUCGAAAAGUUGUGUCGCCUCAGCAAGCUCAGCCGGGGUGACAGCACCGCCAUCUGAGGUCUUUGUCGGCACGUUCAUGGUCAUAACGAAAUCGACACUCUUAUUCUCCACCCUAUACAGGGCCAGUAGAAUCUGGACUUCGUCGGGUUCAGCGGCGUUGAACUUCGGGACAGACUGCGUGCCGCGCAGGAUAAUCGGAGCGGGAGUGUCCCCCUGGCGCUGAGUAGUCUCUGUGGUGUGCAGUAUAACCUGCUUUCUUGCGGAGUUGUCGCGCGCAAGCGAGUCGAAGUGGUAC